AUGCAAAAGCGGCACCGUCCUUGGACUCAAUGGCCAUAUCAACACCGAAUUUAUGUAAUGGAACCUGAAGUUUUCCGGCCUGCGAGUAUCGUCGAGCUCCACAUCCAGCCACACACCGCCGUCAUCAUCGGUCGUUCCCGCGUUGAAUGUGCAUUCCGGACCGUUAUACGGACCGCCAUCUUCCCUUCCCUGCCUAUUCCUCCGCCCGAAAUGGUAAAAGAAACGGCAAUAUCUAGCAGAGCUAUACUGCUCGCUGUGUUCAUCGCAUUCGGAGGAUUCCUGUUUGGCUAUGACAUUGGCGUCAUCUCAGGCUGCCUUAUCAUGCCCGACUUUAUUGACCGCUUUGGCGAGUUUCGCCCAGAUGGUACCAAGUUUCUAUCGAGCUCGCGCCAAUCCAUCAUAACCUCAUUGCUAUCCGCUGGAACUUUCGUGUCGGUAUCUCAUGUCACCCCGUCUUCUCUCUACAAACCUCUUUCCAGCGGGGCUCUCGGACAGGCAUUCACGAGUGACAGUUUUGGACGACGCGGCUCUAUUCUCAUCUGGUCUGCGAUCUUUACAGUUGGGGUUGCCAUCCAAACUGGCACAGUUCGUUCUAUCGCACAACUCACUGUUGGACGAUUCAUAGCUGGGUUAGGUGUCGGUGCUCUUUCUGGUAUGUUCCAAUUUGCGGCACCGAAUUAUCCGACUCAUUGCGCGUCCACUCAACAGCUAUCGUACCGUCUGUUUCCUACCCUCUAUCUCUCGAAACAUCAAAAUUCAUACCAAAGCAGAUUAUAUAAUGGAGAAACGUCCCCCAAGGCUUAUCGAGGGACAUUUUUAGUCCUGUAUCAGCUUCAAAUCAUCAUUGGGUUAUUCCUCAGCUAUGUUUUGGACCUUGCCACACACUCAAUACCCAAUUCUGCUUCUUGGCGUGUUCCUGUUGGUCUCCAACUCGUUUGGGGGCUGGCGCUCCUCUCCGGCAUAUUUUUUCUCCCCGAAUCCCCACGUCUGCUCCUCGGAAAUGGAAAGAAAGAACAGGCUCAGCGUGUCAUCGCAGACCUCAAUGGCGUCACGAUCGACGACCCCAUUGUCGCCGAGACUGUAGAAGAGCUUGAGUAUGCUAUUGAACAGGAGAAUGCUGGCGGGAAAGCGACCUGGGCCGAGUGUUUUUCAACGCGUAAUGCGAUGUGGAAGCGGACCGGCAAUGGUAUGAUGAUCCAGUUCCUGCAGCAAUUGAAUGGGCAGAACUUUUACUACUACUAUGGCGACACUUUUUUCAAGAGUGCUGGCACACAGCUCUCACCCUAUGUUAUCCAGACCAUCCUGGGAGGUGUUUCUGUUGCUGGAACAAUCCCUGCCCUGCACCUGAUUGAAUCUUGGGGGCGGCGAAAGCUUCUUCUAACUGGCGCACUCCUGCAAGCCGCUUGUGCUAUCAUAGCUGGACUGGUCGGUCAUUACACUUUAGCACCGACUGGGACUGCCUCAGAGCUUCUUACGCGUCGCAAUAAACAAGGAGGUGAUGUCCUCAUCGCAUUCGCUGUUCUGCACGUCUUGUGCUUCUCUAUCUUUUGGGGGCCCACACCUUGGGUUUACCUUGGAGAAUCGUUCCCGCUUCGUGUGCGUCCCAAAGCUAUCGCACUUGGAAGUGCUAGCAACUGGAUUUGGAACUUCCUUCUUGGAUUUUUCGCGCCUCGUAUUGCGGAGGACAUCGGUCCUCUUAUUUUGAUGAUUUUCUUUUCGAUGUUGGUUGUUGCGUUCAUUUACGUAUACCUUUUUAUCCCGGAAACUAAAAGCCUCAGUUUGGAGGAAGUCGACGAACUAUAUCGCUCCGGUGUCAAACCCUGGCACUCUUCUAGUUGGCAACCUCAUUUACUCGACGGUAUUCGGGAACGAGAUGGGAAAGAUGUCAGAGCCAGCAACGAAAAAGCGGCAGUAGCGGAAAAGGAAGCCUGA